AGGAGCGGUCGUAGGUGGGGAAGGGCCGGAGCGCCGACCACCUCCAGAGGCUGAAGAUAUUCGACUUCAUCAAGCCUUUGGAAAGCCAAAGAUGGACAUCUUCCACUUAACCUUCAUCCUUCUCUUCCUCACACCAGUGAGUGCUUCCUCCGAGCUGCGUCGCUGUCGCCGGGCUUGUCUGUCAGCUGUGUAUGUGAGCCCAAGUGUGUCCGAGGGGGGAAUUGACAACGUAUGGUGUUGAGAAACACACAACACACCUGGAGAUCAGCUGUUCUUGGAGAUUCACUGAUAUCGUAGUCUCUCUGCUCUGCUGAAGAAUGGAUCCAGGGGAAGACGAGUGCAUGCAUUUCCUACAGUACGUGGAAGACAACGGUCUGAGGGCUUAUGACGAGCUUGUCAUCCAGAACGCCUCUGACAUCGCCCGAGAGAGCGACCGCAUCCGCAACCAUGCGCACUGGACAUACCUACAGGAGAAAAACCAGAAGAAGAGAAGGCAAGAGGAGGCUAUCAAGAGGAUUGGUGAGGAUGUGGCCCGGGUGACGGAAGGAGGGUGUUAUGCAGGUAAACACUUUCGCAUGGGCUUCAUGACGAUGCCUGCCCCUCAGGACCGUGUUCCUCCUCCCUGUGGGCCGGGCUUCACCGUGCGCUCGCAGUCUCUGCACUCAGUGGGUGGGGGAGAGGAGGAGGGGAGCCCCACGUCCCGAAAACAGCCCCCUCCCAAGCCCAGACGAGAUCCAAAUACCAAACUCAGCACUUCUUCAGAGACCGUCAAUGCUGGGUUUAGCACAGGAAAGAGCGGGAAGGAGGCAGAAAAAUGUGAUGCAUCUAAAUCCCGCCCCUGCAGUGAGGAGUACCGUCGCAUGCCUCCGCCUAAACCCAAACGCAACCCCAACACCCAGCUCAGCACAUCCUUUGACGAGUCCUACAUCCAAAACCAUGGAAACAAGGCCAAGUCUGCCUCUCUGCCACGACGACAGAAAAAGAAGUCGGCAUCUCAGAAUCAAAGCCCCGCCCCAGACACCGACGAGGAGACAGAGCCUGUUUAUAUAGAAAUGGUUGGAAACAUUUUACGAGACUUUAGUCAAAUUGCCGGAGCCACCGGCGAUGAGGAGGACGAUCAAAGUGAAAGUGUGUAUGAGGAAAUGAAAUAUCCCACCUAUGAUGAUAUUGCUUCAUUGUUAGACCAUAACCAAUUACGUUGGGAGACAGGUCCCACUCCUUUGGUGCCAGAAGUAGAACUUACACGACCAACCACUCCACGCGGUGCACUCUGUGACAUUCCUGCCCCUUUCCCAAAUCUGCUUUCCCAUCGCCCCCCACUUUUGGUUUUUCCACCCAUGCCUGCCCAGUAUUCCCCCAACUCUGAUGAGUCCCCUCUCACUCCACUAGAGGUCACCAAACUGCCCGUGCUGGAGAACGUUGGAUAUGGCAAACCUGGUGCAUCCCCAACUUCUGCAGACCCUGGACAACCACUGGAAGCUCAGCAGGUGUCUGGUAAACACCACCACCACCAUCAUCAUCAUCAUCAUAAGAAGUCAGCAGAGACUAAGGAGCAACAGACGAUCACAGCAUCAGGACGGUCUUCUGCCCCACCUCUGCCAUCUGGGCAGUACAAAAACGGGGGAUCAUCCGCAGCGCACGGUUACCCACGGAGCCACUCCGCCUGCCCGUCUCCUGUUAGUAUGGGUCGUGCACUAACGCCUCUCACUUUGAAACGGCCCCCACCAUAUGACGCUCUCAUGACUGGUACAAUCCCUCGCAGUGCAUCUGGAGUUCCACACGGAAGUGGGCGGCUCUCAAACUCGUCCAGCGUGCACGGGGGCUCCAUGCAAAAUGUCUCCACAGCUUCAGGAUCAGGAGGGUCAAGUUCAGGAUCAGGAGGUCGGGGUUGUCGUACACCCACCAGUCCAUUAGAUGAGCUUAGCAAUUUGUUCACCUCUGGCCGGAACAUGCUGAAGAAAGGUUCUGGAGGACGCAAGAGCAAAGAGUCAGCAGAUGUUGAAAAUAAAGGCAGAAGUGACAGUAGGGACAGAGCUCUUCGUAGCUCUUCUCCAAAAUCACAAGACUGGGAAACGCCCACAGGACAAUCAUCCACACCCACAGCCACGCCCAGUCGGUUUGGCCGCUCUUCCGUCAGCCCGACCACCAUGCUUGGAGAAACAAAAACGGGGUGUAAACUUGGUCGCUCUGCCUCCACAUCAGGAGUCCCCUGCCCUGUUGGAACGCCCCAAAGACAUGGCCCUGACCCCUCAGCCCAUCAAAGUGGGAGCCCGUGCCAGAUCCCCCCAAUGCCUUGGGCAUGUGGGGACAGCACCAUGAUGGAGAUGAUCGAGAAGAAACGUCACCUCUGCAAGGAGAUAAAAGCCAGACAGAGACCUACAGACAAAGCUCUCUGCAAGCAGGACAGCAUGCCUAUCCUCCCCAGCUGGAAGAAGACCAAUGGGGGAAAGAAAUACAGCCCUUCUUCUUACUCCACCCAAACAACUGUAUUUUGGGACACUGCUAUAUAA